AUGAGAGAAUCUGUUCACCACCCUUUAUGGAGCUGACAAGUGCCUGUGGAGAAGAUACCUUGCAGCUUAUAGAGAAGAAUGGACUGGCAUUCCCAUUCAUUUGUAAAACCAGAGUGGCCCACGGAACAAACUCUCAUGAGAUGGCGAUCAUCUUCAACCAAGAGGGACUGAAAGCUGUUCGCCCCCCUUGCGUCAUUCAGAGCUUCAUCAAUCACAAUGCCGUGCUGUAUAAAGUCUUCGUGGUUGGGGAAUCCUACACGGUGGUGAAAAGACCAUCUUUAAAGAAUUUCUCCGCAGGAAUCUCGGAUAGAGAAUCAAUAUUCUUCAACAGCCACAAUGUUUCAAAACCAGAGUCCUCAUCUGUCUUAACAGCACUGGAUAAAAUCGAAGGAGUAUUUGAGCGGCCAAAUGACGACGUCAUCCGGGAAAUCUCUAAGGCACUGCGGCAAGCUCUGGGAGUUUCCCUGUUUGGAAUUGAUAUCAUCAUAAACAAUCAGACUGGGCAGCAUGCAGUCAUUGAUAUAAAUGCAUUCCCAGGUUAUGAGGGUGUUUCCGAGUUUUUCACAGAUCUCCUGAACCACAUAGCUGCUGUCUUGCAGGGUCAGGCACCUGAGGUGACCCAGCUAAACCACAGCAAGCUCCUGGCAGAGCAGAGCAGCGGGCUCAUGGACGAGCGGAUAUGCUGCGCUAGCACAGGCUGUCUCAGCGUCAUGGGAAAAGACUCCUCCUGGAUUGUGGAAAGCGAGACCAACAGCUCAGUAAAACUGCAACACCAGAGACUAGGCUGCAACUCAGCAGUGUCCCCCAACUUCCAGCAGCACUGCGUCGCUACGUUGGCAACAAAAGCUUCUUCUCAAUAACUUGCCAAUGCCAUGGACUGAGAAAAAGCCACAGGGAUAGAAAUUGUGGUCCCAGAACCAGAUCAGGCUAUAACAAUACAAUAAUGAAAAAUUAAAAAUAACAACA